AUGGAGCCGUCUUCACUGCGCUUGUGGAUGAUGGCGCUGCUGGGCGCUGCUGCCCUCCUCAGCACAGCCUACGCGAGCCUCGAGGAUCCCCACCCCUUCCCACACAAGGGCCCCUUCUUCGAGGUGACGUGACACAACACACAGCAGACAACAAGCUAUCCAUGUAUGUCAUUGAUUGGUGCGCAUCUGAUCUGUGGUCUGAUUCGAUGCCUGCAGGGCUGGUACUUUCGCAUCACCGUCCCUUCCCUCAACCAGUCGUUUGCGGCAGCCUUCGGCAAUGUGCUGCCGGAGGGCGCCACCAAACACCCCGGUGCGACCUUUUCCCCAUAUACCAAAGACGGUGACCCGCCCGCGUACCUGGCGCUUCUGCACCAGCCCUCCCACCCCUCCCUCGCGGAGCCGCUGCAGCUGUAUGACGCCUUCCCACCGAUAGAGGGCGUGGCCAUCACCCCACAGGCAUCUGUCGACCCGCCGCUCACCACACCGUCUUCAAUGAGGUGGUGCGGCAAUGUGGGGUGCUUCUGGACCAAGGCAGAUGGCGGCACGGGGCUGGUCAACUCGACCACUCAUUUCUCCUUCUCUGCGGGUGAGGUGUCGUUGGAAGGCGACCUUGGUCAGCCGGUGCCUUGGAGCAGCAGCGGCAAGGGGCCGAUGGGCUGGGCUGUCGGCUUGCCCGUGCCGAUUAAGUGGUUUGUUUAUAGCGUCGCGUCGCCUGUGCAUCGGCUGAGGUGGACGGACUCGCGCGGCACUCAGGAGCUGACGGACGGAUUUGUGCACUUGGAGAAGAACUGGGGCAAAGGUGAGGUGCAGUCCGCACGCACACGCGGACACGACACGACAGCUGAGAUACUUACUUGGUGGUCUACGUGUGAAGCAAUGGAAUGUAUCGCAUCAUCUGUAUGUGACGUGACUGUAUCAGGGUUCCCCACGCGGUACGUAUGGGCGCAGUGCUACGACCCGUCCACUGAGGCCUACUUUGCCCUCUCCUUCGGCGGCCUCGGGCAAGACGACUCGGUGCCGUCACAAUCGCCAUCCAAUGAAUCUCUGUCCGAUCCAGCGGUGCCUGUAUUCCUUGUGGGCUUUCGAAAUCCGAAAGAGGCCGUCGCGGUCGACUUCAGGCGCGACACGGCCGUCGUGACGGCCAGCCAAGUGGCGCCGGAAGCGGGAUUCUUCACACGUAAGGACACCGCGGUUUAGGGUCGCAUGUCUGUGAGUGCGUUGUUUGACUGGUGUGUGCAUGGCUUGCAGUGAGUUUGCGAGGCAUUAGUUUGGCGAGCAGUCUGCAGGUGACAGUUCGAGCUGAGCCGAGGAGCUUCAGCAAAUGGCUCAGAGGACCGGUGCCCACCGGUCAGCCGCUGCAACCAACCACACAGACACACACAUGCAGAUGCGUUUAUGUUGGCUCGUGUCUUGCUUCCAGGUUUCCGAAAGGAGAGCUUCCAGUCGUUCUCUGCAGAUGCUCGCGUCGUCUACACGUAAAGACAGCACACACGAGUGCUCGUACUCCUGUCACGUCUGUCUGUAUGUGUGUGUCAGGUCUGUCGGCCGUCGGAUCCGCCCCCGGCGUCGUGGCAAGGUGGUCAGCCUCAUGAGCGGCUGUGCCUUGGAGUUCGGCGGCACUUUCGCAGAGGCUCUCGCACCUCUCCCCCACGGGGGGGUGCCAGCCGCCAUUGACUGCAAGGGCGUGUGGGGCGCAUGGUCCGUGUGCGACAAAAACUGUGUCCGGCGGCGGACGUACCAGGUGCUCACGGAAGCACAGGGAGGGGGCAAGAAGUGCCUCCACGACGACGGCGACAGGGAGGCACAGCUGUGCACAGAGGAACAAGACUCUUCAUGUGGAGAGGCAGGUGCGAACGAGGGAGGGAUGGAUCAAUGCCAAGGCGACACACCUGAAGGGAUUCCCGUCUGUCUGUCUGUCUGUCUGCGUGUCUGUCUGCAGCUGAGUGUGAGGGCCGAUGGGGCGAGUGGGGCGAGUGCGACAGCCAAUGCAGGAGGACCCGCAGGUUCACGUAAGCGCAGCGAUACACACACAUGCCAUUGGCCUCCCUCGCCCGCCCGCACGUCCGUGCGUUCUCUCUGCAGAGUGGAGGGGAACUGCCCUUCCAAGCAGCAGACUGACCAAAUGCAGGUGGCCACCUGCCCGCCAGACAUGUGUCAAAGCACCAAGCCGUCAGGGGGUGACCAGUUCCUCCCCAAGAGCAGCCAGGAGGGCUCUGUCACUGUCGACCUCACACUCAACGUCCAAUACGGAGAGGUCGGUGAAGACACUCCAUCGACCCGCCCACCCACCCACCAAUCCACCCGCACUUCUCUCUUCCCCCUUCUCUCUCUGUUUGUUCAGGUGGCCGAUGUGGCCACUGUGUUCACAGACACCCUGUCGAAUUGCCUCAGUCAACUGACAGAGGUGCCGCGGGAGCGUCUGUCCGUCGACAUGGCCACCCCGCCCCUCUCUGAGGACAACGAGGAGGACAACGUGACUGUCGAGGUGGUCAUUGCCAAGGGAGACCAGCCCUCUGCAGCCGAUGUGCUGGCCAAGCUGCGGGAGAGGUACGCCGAGCGGCUGAGGAUGGGCCGCUUUGGCAACGACGUGCGCAUCAUCGGGCUGGAUGGGAAGGUGCAGGCCGCCCCUGCUGCAGGUGAGCAGAGAUUGGGUUGGGAGAGGGCUGGAUGUGAUGUGGCCUGCCCGAAACGUGCUGAUGUCUUCUGUCAGCAUCAGUGGGGGAACCCGUCCCUGGCGAUGGCGAUUCGCCCGUGCUGCCGAUCGGCCUGCCAGUGAUAUUCGGUAGGGCCAGCGGAGCACAGCUAGGCGACCAACACCCACAAUGUUCUCUGUGUGUCCAUGCAGGUGUUCUUUCAGCUUUCAUCAUCAUGGUCGCCCUAGUCUGCGGGGGCUGGUGCAUGUGCCGCCGGUGCAGAGGCAAGGAGCGCCUGCUGCAGUCCGCCGAUGACUCAUCUCCCGAGGCCUCACACAGCAGCGCCACUGGAUCGACAGCGAGAAAGGUCAGAAAUGCGUCAUUAUUAGAGAUGUGGUGGAAUGAUCCGUGUGUCUCCCAGGCUGACAUGAAGUCUUGCGGGGCGCCCCAGACUGGCCAGGGGUUUGGCUAUGAUGGAAUGAAGGUGAGCAGGACAUCCCUUACACGCACAGCCAGACGAGAGACACUGUGUGUCCAUGAAUGCUAGGACGAAGCUGAGGAUAUGGGUGGCGACAUAUCGCUGGGCGUGGCGCCCACCCCGACGAGCCAGACGCCCAGCAGCAGGUCGGUGGUGCCCGAGGACCUCACGGCCAACCACUGUAAGUGAAGCAAUCCAUCAGGCUUUCCACACACGGGACUUGUCCGUUCACAUCGUGUUUGGUUUGCAGGAGCGUCGUAG